UGCGUUUAGGGUUAGGCAAAGAAACGUCUCUGGCCAACUGAAAUCCUGUCUCGAUUUGCAGCGACACACAGCAAUGAUGAGUCUCCCAACCCGAUCGCUAGCAGCGGCGCUGCGGCCACUACGCCCAAAGACCGCCUCGAUAACAGCAUUUUACCUUCCGACAUUAUCUGCGAAACGACGACAUGUAGCAACAGCAGCAUCACCAGCAGCCGAGCCGACUCCUACGGUGGUGCCUUCGGCGUUCCGGCGGAAGACGAUGCAUGCCCCAUUGGAGAACUGGAAACUGGCGGAAGAGUACGUGGCGUUGGCGGGGAAUAAGAAGGCGUCGUUUGUUCCGGAGACGAGAGGUUCCAUCACAGAUCCGAAAUCGUUCCUGACGGCCAUCGGCCGCGGUUUGGACACGUAUGCAGACAAGUUCAAGGACUGGGGCCAUCUCUUCACGGCUACGGCGGAUCAGAUGGAGAACGAGUUGGGCAUCAAGUGCGGACAGCGCAAAUAUUUGCAGGGGUGGAGGGAGUGGUACAAGCGCGGAAUAGAACCAUACGAAGUAGGCAUCCCGAAGCGGCAAAAGAAGUACCUAAAGGAGCGGGAGAAGGUCAAGCUGGCCAGGCUGAAGAGGCAGGGGCUUGCGUGAGUUGCUCAGCGCCGGGAUAUAGGAUGUUGGAAAUCUCUAGAUACGUGUAGAGCCCAUAUGGGAAUCAGCGAACGAAUGGCAACGGCACAUCGCCGUCGGUAUGAAGGGAAUCGUGCCUCCUCAGACCGACCGAACGAUCCUUCUAUACGUCCCGGAUGAUGACCUUCAGGGUCUCCACGUGUAACAUACAGUUAUAGAAUCAUUAUUUCCGAGU